GGAGGGGGGGGGGGGUACGUGGCGCGCAAAUGUAGUGCUUUGAGUUUGAGAGGUUGAGUGCUAGAAAGCCGGUAAGUUCCGUACCGUAAGGUCCGUAACACUUAUAAAGCAUAAAAGCCAGCAGUUACGAGAAGCAUGGGAAGAGUUUGACGAGAGUGAGUGAGUCGGCUUGAGUUGGCGGACUCAGAAGUCACUUGGGAAAGGAAGGAGUUGAUUGAUUGAGUUGGUUAUUGAGGAUACUUUGGGGAGGAGAGAUUGAGGAGUUACGUUGAUUCAUCAAGUUCUUAGGUUAUUCGGAGAGAGACUGAGAUUUGGUCCGUAGUCUUGGAUUCAGGCGCCGUGAAAUUGAUCACUCUCUUACCGAAGGAGUUUUGAGCUAUCUAGAGGAUCUAGAGUGAUCAUAGAGUUGGAGUGUGUGUGUGUUUAUACGGUGAGUGGUGAGGUGGUGAGGGUGAUGCAUCGGGGAUAGGGGCCGUCCCGCCUGCAGGCGAAAUGACGGAUCCGACCUUGGCCGAAACGCGGUGGAAAGCGAACGUGGAUUCCUUUGAGAGGAACCACGAAAACCUGAAAACUAACAACCCUGACUGCCAGGAAGAGGUAGAAUUACUGGGGAAAGGCCUACAAACAAUAGAGCAGCUUAUCCACACAUCGCCCUCCAUAAAUGGAAACGGCGGAGUAUGGAAUCGGCUCAUAGCGAAAUCCGAGGCUGAAAGGAUAGUGCUCUGUAAGCACCUCGAUGGUACGAGUAAGGCCCUCUUCACAGCCAUGCUGCGCCUGUAUGCAUGCAUCCACAGAGAGAUGCGAGAGUUACUCCUGGAGCAAAAAGAGGAAUCUACCGAGGAGUUUCGCGAGCAAAGAAGGCGCAAACGAAACCCCUCAGAGGAGCAGAAUAAAAAGCCAAAGCCGUCACCCAACCCGAGGGACCCCAGGAUAAAAUCCCAGGUUGAAGUACCAACAAGGAACUUUUUUGCGACCCUCAGGACAACGGAAAUGGACGUCGCGGAGGAGACAACCGAGAAGGAAGAGCAGCAGUCAUCUUGCAGCAAGUCAGGAAAGAGGCAGCUGGUUCCCCUUGCAUGUCAAUGUGAGACCUCACAUUGCAGUAUCAGCAAAGCAGCUUUUGGCAAAACAAGGGAUUCCAGAGUAUCUCCCCCCAAUAUUCUCCUGAUUUAUGCCUAUGCUGAGAGGAUGUUUGAAGGCAUGGAGGACAUUAAAAGAUAUGUAACAGAGAACUUGUUAGUAUUACAUGCAAAUGAGUUAAAAAUGUACUUCCAACAAUUUUAUGAGUGGGCACAAAAGUGUGCAAUAUCUCCAGAUUAUUAUUGAGAAGAAUAUUAAAAGAUAUAUUUGAUUUUAAAUGUGAUUUCCUUAAAGUUUAUGUAGUCCUGGAACUUAACUGUGUAAACUCAUGCCUGUCAAAUCACUUACUCUCUUCACUGUUGCUGUUACUAAUAUUAGGAGUAUGUUCAGUUUGUCCAUAAACCUUAACAUAUCCACUUUCUCCACCAGUAGAAGUAAUAUCUCCACUACUUUUACACAAAACCAGAGGAAGAGACUAAGCCAACUUGAGCACAGAAUUUGCAGGGCAGGCUAGUUGGCCUGGCCUCCUUUGGUGAAUCAAAUGUUCAUGUGUGCAUGUGGAACUUUGGUGGCACAAAUCUGAAAAGCAAAUGGUCUGAGUGAGACAGAUUCUGAAAUAAACUACUCUGAUAUGCAAACUUGAAAGUAAGAUAACUUGGUGGUGGAAAUAUGAAGAGAAAUAUUUUUAGCAGA